AUGAACGCUAUUGAUCUGAGACUUGAACCCAAAAAAGUGUUAAUGGAUCAACAAGAAAAGUUGUUGUCUUACAAUGGGGAGCUUCUUAUUUUCCAGUUAUCGAAAGAAAAAUCCUCAGGGGGCAGCAACACCAAAUUGUGUGUCAGAAGAAUGAUGUUUAGCAGUGAUACAAAGCUGUUUGUUGAGAAGAACGUUGGAUCAUUUAGCAUGUGCGGGGAAGAUGUUGAAAUGAUCCAUUGCAGCUGUGUAUCUGAUGCCAGGACUGGAAUUCUUCUCCCUUGUAUUCUGAUGAAAAAGGCAAAAAAGAAGAGUAUCAAGUAUAUUUUAUUGCUGCUUCAUAGCUUUAACAAAUUUGAGUUUGUCUUGCAUUUUAAACUAGACUAUGAACUGAAAGAACCCAUAAAGCUACUUGCUGGUCCAACAGUUUUAUGGAGUUGCGCCCAAAAAGUCUUUUACAUUUCUCCUCAAACUUGCACUGUAUUAUGUGCUCCUAUUCAGUUUUCCUCCAUCAUAUGGGUGGGUCAGGUUAAAGGUGAGGGUAUUGUUGUUUUGGGAACAAGAGCUCCUUGUUUGUCAGAGGCAGGCGAUGGGAAAAGUGUUCCUGAAUCAGAGGCGCUCAUCUGGGGUAGUGAGUGUUUUGCUUAUGCUGUGGAGAAACAGAAAGUGCUAACUGGUGCCAGUUUUCUGCCUCAUGCUUACAGCAACGUGGUAUCCUGUGUACACAUAUGCAGAGCUGAGGCAGUGAGAAACAAGUUUAGGACAUGUGUUCUUGCAGUCACAUGCAAAAGCCAAUUGAUCAUCUUCCAAGAUGGCCUACCCAAAGAUGUCCACCAGCUUCCAUAUGAGAAACCCUGUUCCAUACAAACAGCUGCAGUAGAAGGAUGCAAUGAGUUGGUGGUAGUGUCAUUCUCUUCGGGAGAGGUGUGUUCUGUAUGGAAAGACAGCUUGCAGGUUGCUUCUUGCUGGCAAAAUGUGAGCUCUGUUCUGACAGAUGACUUCGUUGGCAUUGGAACUGAUCAAGUCUUAGUGCUUCCAAAGACUGGGUCGAUUUCAGAAAAAUUAACUACAUUCCAAAUAACAGAUUUUGGAAAAUAUAAUUACAUGAGUAACAUCAGCUAUCACAAUGACUCAUCUUCUGCAGAAGAAGUAGAAGAGAAUCGCUUUCUUACCAUCAAAGCGCUCGAAGCAAGAUUGCAGGCUGGCUUCUCUUCUGUUCAUGAGCUGCAGCAACAUUUACAGCUCAAAGAGAAAGUUCUGAUGAAAAGUUGUGAAGCAUUAAUAGACCUAGUUCAAGGUCGAGAACCUAGUUUUCCAAGUGCCAAAAAGGAAGGUCUUGUUUCUCUCUGGGAUGAAACUCAGAAGCCUUUUGAUAAUGGCAUAUCAACCCCACCUAAAGAUCAAGAACGAUUUGUAGAGGAGAUUUGGUACCGUGUGGUGGAUGACAGCUUAGUAGUUGGAGUAAAACUAAUGGAAUCGUUUGACUUGCAGCUCAGUGAUGUCACUUUAUCACUGGUAAUGGAUCACAAAUACCCUUCAUUCUUUCCAACUAAGUGCCAGUGUAGUGUAUUUAUGCUGAAGAAAGCCCCACUGGCGGAGUCUACAUUGCACUGGCAACUGGAACCGCUGCCUAAAAGGACAAAGUUAAACUGCUGUAGUGGAAAAGAAGGCCACGGAGGACCUUCUUGGGUAAAGGCGGGCGGGACAAAAGUCUUCACUGCUGUGACCGCUCUGUCCCCUUUCUUGGCAUUCCAUCGAGUGUGGUGUGGGGUCCUAUUGCAUGCAAAGGAAAAAAGCUGCAAGGAUGAAAAUUUCCAGAGAAACAAAACUCUAAGUUUAUUGUGUGGGAAAUUUUUAUUAAGCAUGGAUGAGAUUUGCACUGGAAAACACUCAGUAAACCUUAAAGAUUCCAGAUAUGCAGGCUCUGUGCAAGAUAUUGUUGCUCUUUGUGCAGUAUUGCACAAACAGUCCUUUCAAAUUAUCUCCCGUGACUGCACACUGACUCGUGUGAACACAUGGCUAAUGGAGCAAAUGGAGUGUGUACCAGUUGAGAAGUACCCUGAUUUUAAAUUCUGCUGUAAAUAUGGAAGUCUGAAUGGUACAAUCUUCAGCUGGGAUCCAGAAACACCAUUUGAAGGAACUCUAACAGUCUUUUGCAGACACCAAGCUACCCUGUUCCAGUGUCUUCAUAGCCUCUUUGGAUUGCUACCACCAGCUUGUAAAAUAACACCCUUAAGGUUCAGAAGGAAGAAAGUGCUUGGCGAACAGCUUGCACUAGCUUUAGAAAAGGAAAUGGUCUUUCUCCGGCUUUCCCUUUCCUCUGCUUUACACAAAACUGAAAACAAGUUGCCUCUGGAUGAUGAAGAAAGCAAAGAAACAGAUAAUGUCCCUACAGUGCAACAAUUCAGAGAAACAUUUAAAAAGGAGCAAAAGCAAAGCAUCCUGGGUGCAAACCGAACAGUGGGCGGUGCCUUCUACAGAAGAAUUAUUUUGAAUGUAGCUGAAGCUCAGCUGAAUUCUGACACAAUUACAUGGCAAUGCUCUUCUCUCUAA